GCCGGCUCUCUCUUUCUCUUCUCCUCUGUUUGUGUGUGAGAGGAAAUGUGACUGGUAACAGAGAGCCAAAAUGAAAAGAAAGGAGAUAAAGUGGAGGAAUCAGUGUGUUGGUGCUCAGGGGUGAAGUCAUCGCAGCCGGCGUGUGAGAACAGGAGCAGGGUCUGUCUCUGGAGCCAGCUAAUUGAGCUCGGAUGAGUGAGAGCAGACGCCGGUAGGCUGCGUUCGAGUGCGUUGUUCCCCCGUCUUCCAUGUGGAUGACUGUGAACAAAAGGGCAGACUCUUCCCUUAAUCAAGCUAAUGGAGUGGGAACGAGCUGGUGGCUGAACUAGAUGGGCAGCGACAGGUAGAAGAGCCUCCGGGGGGAUUGAGGGAGGCUGAGGUGAGGACCUGAGCCUCCUGAUUGGCAGGACACAGGCUGAUAAAAGCAAAAUAAAAAGAGCCCCGGCUCGUUCAGAUCUGAGGAAGCGUACAGUGACAAGUGCGAGCUGUCCACAGUAACUUCAGAGCUGAUCCUCUGCAGGUCUGCGAGAAGCACCGCUCACUGAUUUCAACCACUUGUGCCAUUGUGCUUCAUCGACUGCUCAGUAUACAACAGAACUGAGUCACAGCUGAGAUGAACCUGCAAAAGAAGAAGUCACAGCGGAGUUCUGGCCUGGUGCUGCUGCUUCUGCUCUGCGUCUCUCUGCAGCCACGAGUGUCGGCCGUCAACCUGCGGCGUUUCAUCGGCUGUGCCGUCAGAGAGUUCACCUUUCUGGCCAGGAAGCCCGGCUGUGGGGGGCUGCACAUCACCACCGACGCCUGCUGGGGGCGCUGUGAGACCUGGGAGGGAGGUCAGGGCACAGCGGGGAGAGAGGACGUCCUGCUUCAGGGACAGACAGUUACGAAGCCGGUCCUGGACCCUCCCUUCAUCGAGUCCUACCAGAGGGUCUGCACCUACAACGAGACCCGGCUGGUCUCCGUGAAACUGCCCAACUGCCAGCCCAGCGUGGACCCCACCUACACCUACCCGGUGGCCCUGAGAUGUGACUGUGGCGUGUGUCUGACCAGCACCACCGAAUGUAUAACAUCUGUGUAACACAUCUGGACGGGCAGAAAACACUGAUAAUAAGCAUGUUUGUUAGAAAUAAAAGGUUCCUGCCCCGUUCAUAAUGUCAACAGAGGCACGUUUAUACAUCAGUAAGUUGAAUAUUAGACUUCAUUAUGUAACUUUUCCUCAUACUCACCUGUUAAUCUGAACUUUCUGCAAUAAAAUGUCUA